GGGCGGCCCGGUGGGCAGCGAUGCCGGGAAAGCCGCCGAGUGCGGCGCAGGCAGCGGGGGCAGUGGAGGCAUCGGGAAGGGGCCAGUGAUCUGCAGCGCCGUAUGCGCUAACCCUUACGCGGGGCUGGUGAACCACCUGCGGGCAGCCUGGCUCUCGGGGAAGACGCGGCCCAUAGAGUACCGCGUGGCCCAGCUGGAGGCCCUGGGUCGCUUCUUGGACGAGAAGAAGGAGGACAUCCUGGAGGCCACCGCCUUGGACAUGGGGAAGCCGCGCUUCGAAGCCGAAAUCAUCGAGAUCACCCUCUGCAAGAACGAGCUUCACGAGACGCUGAACAACCUGUCCCACUGGAUGAAGGACGAGCACGUGGACAGGAGUCUGGUGACCCAGCUGGACUCGGCCUUCAUCCGCAAGGACCCGUACGGGGUGGUGCUCAUCAUCGCGCCCUGGAACUACCCCAUCCACCUCUUCCUGGUGCCCCUCAUCGGGGCCAUCGCUGCCGGUAACUGUGUCAUCGUCAAACUCUCAGAGGUGGCCAAGAACACCGAGAGACUCGUGGCUGAAGCGCUGCCCAGCUACCUGGACAAUGACUGCUUUGCCGUGGUGACCGCCGGCGUGCAGGAGACCACCAGGCUGCUGGAGAACAAGUUCGACUACAUCUUCUACACUGGUACCCCCUCCGUGGGGAGGAUCGUGAUGGCAGCCGCUGCCAAGCACCUGACGCCCGUGACGCUGGAGCUGGGGGGCAAGAACCCCUGCUACGUGUCCGACACCUGCGACGUGCAGAACGUGGCCCGGCGGGUGGCCUGGGGCCGCUUCUUCAACGCAGGGCAGACCUGCAUCGCGCCCGACUACGUGCUGUGCAGCGUGGAGAUGCAGGAGAAGCUGCUGCCCGCUCUGCAUAAGGUCAUCACUGAUUUUUAUGGCCCCAACCCUCAGGAGUCCCCCGACUUCAGCCGCAUCAUGGGGGACAAGCACUUCCAGCGGGUGCAGACGCUGCUGCGCAGCGGGCGCGUGGUCAUCGGAGGACAGACAGACGAGGAGGAGCGCUACAUUGCUCCCACAGUGCUGGUGGACUUGCAGCCCUCUGAUCCUAUCAUGCAGGAGGAGAUCUUCGGCCCCAUCUUGCCCAUUGUCAUUGUGGCGAACGUGGACGAAGCCAUUGACUUCAUCAACAGCCGUGAGCGGCCGCUGGUUGUGUACGCCUUCUCCUCCGAUGACAAGGUGGUGAACCAGGUCCUGGAGCGGACGAGCAGCGGUGGCUUCUGCGGCAACGACACCCUGAUGCACGUGACGUUGACCUCGCUGCCCUUCGGUGGGAUCGGGAACAGCGGCUUGGGGAAAUACCACGGCCGGUUCACCUUCGACACCUUCACCCACCACCGCGGCUGCCUGCACCGCAACAUGGGCCUGGAGGCCCUCAACGCCCUGCGCUACCCGCCCUACAGCCAGCAGAAGCUGGGGCUGUUGACGGCCACCUUCGAGAUCAAGCGCAAGGGCAUGUGCACCCUGCUCUGA